AUGAACGCAUGGGAGACGGAGGACGAGUAUGCUGCGGCUGCUCAGGCCUCCCUGCCAACACCAAGCGACACGCCUUAUAGGGCUCCCUCACGUGGCUCACGACGGUCCUCACGACGGUCCUCUCGAGCUCGAAGACGCUCUGGGUCUCCAGGCCUUUCCUCGUCUCCUCCUCCGCUCCUGCAUGGGGAGAGAACCCGCCGAGGUUCGAAAGAUGUAGCGAAUGAUGAGAGCAUCUCCAUUCUCGAUCCUCGAAGGUUCACUCCAACCCUCCAUGCCAAUCUAGUGUCUGAAAUAUUGGCUCUGCGCCGAGAUCAGGAGGAGAAAAUAAGGACGAUCGAAAAUCUGGAAAGCGAACUGCACAAGACCCGAGGGGAACAGGAGCAGUUGGAAACCACCGCCGUAUCCACUUCCAAAGAGACUCGUUCCCUGAAACGUCAAUUGGCCUUAUUGGAAGGAGGUACCUCUUCUGCCCUCUCCGAACUCGCCAGGGAACUUGAUGAGACUGUUGAUGCGAAUGCGGAAAUGAAGAAGCGGUUGGAAACCGCCCAGAAGAAGAUUCGAAGCCAGGAAGAGGAUGCAGAUCGUGUUCAGAAGCUCUGGGCGGGAGACAAGGAAAAUUGGGAAGGAGAGAAAAGGAAAUACGAACGACGGAUUCAUGUGGUCGAGGGUCGAUUAAAAGCCGUACUUGAUGAGGUUGCUGCGUAUCAAGCCAGCCACGUAAAUGGUCAACAUCAGGGAGAGAGUGAGGCCGAAGAGUUGUCAAGAGACGCCGGCCAAGGCCACGGCAGUGAUACUGCCAGUGUACGGUCGAUGAGCAUGACGAACAGUAUUCGAUUUUCGGUGCCAAAUGCAUUAGCGAUUGGUUUCGGGGGAGCGAAGGCCAACGGUGUCAGUCUCGCGGACGAAUUGGGUCUUGAUGAAGAUGAAGAUCAGGCGGAUGUGGAUGGUCGCGAAAGCGUGCUUUCUGUGCAACAUAAGCGAAACCAGAGUCGUGAGAGUAUGAUGUCUAGAAGCCAUCAGCGAAAUCAAAGUAUUGAAAGCCUCAUGCGGCCUGGCAGUGUUGCACGAGGAAGGUUGUUCGCCAAUCAAGUUGUGUUGGACAGACUCGAAGGUGGCAUUUUGGAAGACGAUGAGACGGUGGCACCAACCAAAGCGGAGUACGUUGACGCUGGUAUUCAAUAUUCUCCGCCCCCAUCUCCGACGUUGCCUGUCGUCGAGUCUCCUUCCGCGGCUGAGCCUUUGUCGAGCAAUGUCGCGUCUACACCCGAGAAGAUGGAGAGACCAUCGGAAGUUGAACUUCCUGCUCGGGAGUUGGAGAUUGAGGCCAACCAACGAAGGAAACGCGUACAUGCGAGUCCGACAUUGGCUAUCGAGACGCCUACACAUUCCUCAAUGGUUUCUGCAGGAUCUCAAACCAUAGAAGACCCUCCCAGCCCUCCAAGAACUCCUAUAUCACCAAUAGAAGCCCCCCCUGCUCCCCCGUCAAACGAUCCGAUAAAGGAAAUGGUCUCAAUAUCUACACAAACAGAUGUCGAGUCGCAACCAGCCAAACGAGCCCCACCUCCACCUCCCAUUCCAAUUCCAUCUAUCCAAUUGCAUCCCCCGACUUCCGUUCCAAAUACACCUCAUGAGCCCCUCCUUCCCCAACAUUUCAAAGAUGCGGGCUGCCAGGUCUCCAUGCCGGUACCCGUUCCGACUAGGUCGGUAUCAGUUCAAACAGAAGAAAUUCGGGUGGAUAGGCGACUCAACCUACUUCCACCACAUCUUCAGCCAUCAGCUAUAUCUUCCAAUCCCUCGUCUCCAGAGCCGGCUGAGGAUGAGGCGAAGCGCUUCUCUCCAGUUCCUGGCAAUCUGCCACCGCGAAAUCCCCGACGUAUCAAGAGUCGUCAAAGUUUCGAGCAAGAGAUCCCUUCGUCACCUCCCGUAUUCCCGUCCGGUGAGACUCGGGAUGCUUAUCCAGGGAAUAAUGAUGACGGACCUUUAGCGAAGGACUCGGGAUAUAUAAGGAGGCCCCAUCGUAUCAGCAGUCUUUUUGCAGGCUUCGAUAAUGGCAGUUCAGAUGAUGCCGAUGACUUUGCCGACGCAGACCUGAGCGACAAUGACUUCAGGACAGCCCUUUCAGCACCCAAACCACAAUCAGCCGCAAAUAGAUCUAGUAAAGGCAUGUCAUCAGCGCCCGCAUCUGUCCCCGAGGGCAAAGAGCUUGUCGAGGUCUCCAAGCCUAAUCAUCGGAAGAGUUCAAUGCGGCAAAUGGACAAUCAGGAUUUGAAUGGCGAAAACGCCUCGUCAGAGGUAUACGCUAUCCCACCGAGAGCCUCUAUGAGAUCAGGUGUUCGUCAGCUUGAUAAGCCAUUGUCGCUGGUAACAACAGCCAAGCCUGGUACGAUGCGCCGAGCAGCCUUGAUACAGAGUGGUGUAGCUGCCCAUCAGGGUCGGUCUCGCAGCCCAAGUCUACAGGAUUCUGUGAAGGAGCCACCCUUCCCCAUCCCUACUAGGGCUAGUUCAAGGAAAGUACCAACCAGCACCAGUGCUCCAAGCGAUGGGAACAGGAGUCCGACUUGGGGGCGAGGAGCGGGUCGAGGCGUUUAUCGUUCAGGCAGUAUUCGGAAGGUCAGGUCUGCUGCAGCUCUGUCUAGAGGUGGUCGCAAUUACCGUCGGCAUUCAAGUCGAUCUCCGCCGCCGAUGUCACCAUCAACAGAGGCUCCCGAGAGCCCGCAGCUACCGCCAAUGCCCAACAAUGAGAUCACAACACCACGAUACAUGAGAGAUAAUGCCAGCAGUCGAUACAGGACACACAGAAAACAACCCUCUGCGAUGACAGCCAACACCACCAACACCGGCAGUGGGUCUGUUCUGAGUACGAACCAAGGUACAAGUGUUGUCGAUGCCAUUGCACAGACCAUGGUUGGAGAAUGGAUGUUCAAAUAUGUCAGAAGACGCAAAUCAUUCGGCGUUCCAGAAUCGAAUGGUGCUGAUGGAGAAAACGCGAAUGGAGUUCGUCAUAAACGCUGGGUCUGGCUUGCACCUUAUGAGCGAGCUGUGAUGUGGAGUAGCAAACAGCCAACAUCCGAGUCAGCCCUUCUAGGCAAGAGCGGUCGAAAAUUGACCAUCCAGUCCGUCCUAGAUGUCAAAGACGAUAACCCACCUCCCAAAGGGACACCUUCAAUCUUUAACCGAUCAAUCCUGAUCCUAACGCCAGCACGUGCGCUCAAAUUUACCGCCGUCUCACCUGAGCGGCAUUACAUAUGGCUCAACGCCCUCUCCUUCCUUGCUCACUCUUCCCAAGCCGUUCCCGAGAUCGUUGCGGCCCCUCUCCCGAUCCCCAAACCUAACGUUCCCGACUUCGAGGUUCCCCGCCAAAAUGGUCACUUCCGCAAGAAGCCCAUCCGCGAUUCCAUCCGCGUGGCCAAAGGCAAGACAGUGGCUGCCCGCUCAGGGCCCACUAGCGUGCAUUCAUCCCAACAAGGCGACCUGAGCCUCCCGGAUGCCGAAUCAUUCUAUAGCUCACAACCAGAACGCGCAGCAGACCCGCCUAUUGUGCCACGGUUCACGGAUCGAGGUUACCAAGGACUACCUCCCAGCCAUGGGCGAAAACGCAGCAAUACAGGCUCCCGAAUCCCACCGCCCCUUUCCUUCCGUGGCUUCUCUGGCCCCGUUGGAGGAGUAGGAGGUAGUAGUAGUGGUCAUGCAACGACUUCCAGCAUUGCCGGCCUAAGUGUUGGAACUAACGGAUCCUCGGACAUCUAUCAGACGCAGGCAUCAACACAGGCUUCAAGCUCUGUUGCAGGAUACAAUAGGCUAAGCGCUAGCGGGCCCUCAUCAAUCCGCACCUCGGAAGCCUCGAGUCGUCCGGGAGCCGUGGUCAAUAAUUUCUUCGACGCCGUUGGAACGAUGAGGAUGGAAGCGUUUAUCGCCCCAAUGGCCCUGUCACGCUUCAAUGAUUUCCCAGACGAGAUGGAUGAAAUGGACAUAGUCGGCACCCACAGGAGGCGAAGCAGAGAACACAGAAGAAGAAGAAGCCGAAACCGCGAUAGCUAUUACUCCGGCCGGUCGUCCAGACCAAGUGAUGAUUUCUACGGCGGGAGCAGAACGGCAGGCGAGGAAGAAUACGGCCAUUUCGACAGCAGCUACGGCCAGGAUCCCUUCCGUGGUUUCUAA